AUGUCCAAAUUGUCUCCGGAAGACAUUAAUGUGUUGUCUGUUAGGGCCUACUAUGACAGCAAAACAGCCACAAACACGACAGAAAUGGCCAACCUGCUAAAAUACGAGAGCCAACACUUCCGAUGCAAGGUGCAGUUGGAGCUUCCGGAGUGUAUUGCGGACCGAUGCUGGAGCAUUGGCCUGGUGCAGGCCUGUGAUCGAAUGUACUUGGAGAAUCGUUACGGACAAAGUGGGAGCUCGUUCUGGGAGUUUCAUCCCCUGAAAAGUGGGCGACACAAAAUGGUCAAUGACAGUGACGGCCGUCAGUACCCCUUUUACAGCUUGACCAGCAGCAAAUUUGAGGUCCGGCGAGGUGUUAUCUCCGACAGUUUGAUAUCUCUGACAUACGAAGAUCACUUUUACCCAACUGUGGCAUGGGAACUCCCCUACUAUGGAGGAGCGAAACUUACAGACGUUAUUCGAAAACAGGACUUUUGGGUGUGGCUUGUGGCCAUUAAGCGUGCUAGCUCGCGAUCAGCUACCAGCGAUGUUUUCAACGCUAAAAACGAUGAAAUUUACAUACUCAAGACGAUGCGGUGGCGUUACAAUCUGCAUAUGACCUUUGAUCCUACGCAGCCAAUCGGAAAACGCCUUCAACGCAUCUACGACACUCAAGAAGAGCAACCAGUCAUCCUGGAAAGCAAUCAUCCUCUACCACUCUCGGCCCUCAGUCCGCCUCACUGCAAUGCCGCUCAAUCUCUUAUCUGGUAUCCCAACAAUCCCAGCGACAAGCCAAAACUCUUAGUUCCACCGAAACAGAUUAUUGUGCCCUGGGACACUUGGACGAACGACAUGGCACCUGGCCGCCAUCUCAGUGUCAAGAAGCCGGACCAAUGUAAGUUGGUCGGUGAAUGGGCCCACGACACCGAAAUUGGUGUGGACAUCAAUACAAUGUCGGGAGCCGCAAACAGCAGGGCCCUGGGUAACCUUGAAACCGGUCCGUCAAAACAAUCACGCGUCUCAAGUCGUUCAAGAGGCUGA